UGUCAGCUUACUGUUCAAGUUGUACUGCCUCACAGUGAUGACCCUGGUCGCUGCAACGUACACGGUCGCAUUGCGGUACACAAGGACAGUGGAGACAGAACUCUACUUUUCAACGACAGCUGUGUGCAUUACUGAAGUUAUCAAGUUGUUCUUGAGCGUGGGCAUCUUGGCUAAAGAAACUGGAAGUCUGGCAAGGUUAAUAACAUCAUUAAAAGAAAAUGUAUUCGGAAGUCCUACAGAAUUGCUAAAAUUAAGCGUUCCAUCUUUGGUGUACGCUCUCCAAAACAAUAUGGCAUUUGUGGCUCUUAGUAACUUGGAUGCAGCAGUCUACCAGGUGACGUACCAGCUGAAGAUCCCUUGUACAGCUUUGUGUACAGUCCUAAUGCUAAACCGUACCCUUAGUAAGUUGCAGUGGUUCUCUGUCUUCAUGCUGUGUGGUGGUGUUACCCUUGUUCAGUGGAAGCCUGCUCAGGCUACCAAAGUACAGGUGGAGCAGAAUCCAUGGCUAGGGUUUGGAGCCAUUGCUGUUGCUGUAUUAUGUUCAGGAUUUGCAGGAGUUUAUUUUGAGAAGGUUUUAAAGAGUUCAGAUACUUCCUUGUGGGUGAGGAACAUUCAGAUGUACUUAUCUGGGAUUGUGGUGACUUUAUUUGGUGUGUACAUGUCAGAUGGAGCCCAAGUUCUUGAAAAAGGCUUUUUCUAUGGCUACACACACUACGUCUGGUUUGUCAUCUUUCUCGCCAGCGUAGGUGGCCUCUACACUUCGGUUGUUGUUAAGUAUACAGAUAACAUUAUGAAAGGCUUUUCUGCAGCGGCAGCCAUUGUUCUUUCUACUGUGGCAUCAGUCAUCCUCUUUGGCCUCCAGAUAACUGUUACCUUCUCCCUGGGUGCUAUCCUGGUGUGUAUUUCUAUUUACCUCUAUGGAUUACCUCGACAAGACACCACAAAAAUCCAGCCAGCAGAGACUAAGAGCUCAAAAGAGAGACUUGCUACCGUGUGAUGUUGUUAAAUGGACUUCAAAGAAAAAAAA